AUAGCUGAUUUGGAAAUCUCUAUAAAAUCUUUGAUGACAAUAAAUGCUGAAUUAGAUGAAACCAAUAAAAAACAAGCUGCAGAAAUAAUAGAGUUAAAAAGAAUGCUAAAAAUUUAUUCUACCGACAAUGAUGAGUCGUCUACACCAUUAACAGAGACGGACUUAGUAGAAAUCGCAAAAGAUAAUGAUGUUCGGUUUAAACGAAUAUGUCUUCUUAUAGAUGAACUACUUCGAGACGCACAAGAAGCUCUCGAAUGUUCUACAAAAGCUGUUGGAACUAAAGUUCUGCCAAAUGCGCAAUUAGAAUAUAAAGAUUCAGGGACAAGGUUAGAAGGAUUAGAAAAUACAACCAUCAGCAAUACAUCAUCAAAAAGGUCAAAAAAAUCAAAGACACGAAAUAACAUUGAUACAUCAACUUUAACGAAUCCAAAAUUAAAAAUAAAAACUUUAAUGGAUCCAAAACUAAAGAUACAAACGGUUUUAGAUCCAAAACUAAAAACACAACAUUCUAUGGGACCCAAAUUAAAAAAUUCUCCAAAUACACCAACUUCAGUAAAUUCGAAUAUAAAAAAUUCUUCGAAAACAGAAUCAACUAUGAAUUCAAGGACAAUAACGCCAUCAAAAUCAUUGAUUUGUGAAAAUGGUGAACGUGUCCGAGAAGUUAUUGAAGAACUUUUGGUAAUUGCAAAAAAAGAUUGUGUAAAUAAUAAAAAAACUACACCAAAACCUUUCGAACGAAAAGGCCUUGGAUUAUUACUUUCAAUUCAGGAUGGGCAGAAUGGGAUAGUACCACAUACUACUUAUAAUUCUACAACUAACAAUAAUGUUGAUACAUCUCCAUCUUCUCCUACAAUAUCACUUUUAUAUGAACUUCAAGAAUUAUUGGGGAUAGGUGACGCUGAAUCAUCAAAAUUUACGAACGAAUACCGUAAAAGUUGUCCAGUUAUCUCUUCUAGUAGAAUUCAUUUUCAAAUUGAUUCUCCAAAUGAAGAUGGCGUAGUUGAUGAAAGGGAUAGUUCAAGAGCUCAAUUAAAUAAUUCUACUGAUAGAGCACGAGUUGUCCGUCGUCGAUCUUCACCAAAUUUUAGAACUCCAUCAUCAUAUAUUAUGAACAAAUCUGACAACAUUUAUAAGGCUAAAAGUAAUGUUGAAACAAACACACGUCCACAUGGUUCUGAUGUUGUUAGACCUUCAUUAUGGGCUUCAUCAUUAGGCUUUUUAACUCCUUGGAAUAGAAUAGAAUAG